UACCCGAUUCAAUCUCUCUUAUCUAUAAUCUAAAAGAGGAUGGAACUUGGCUUGUGCAAGAAAUUAAAAGCACUACCCUGUAACUUUGGAGCUUUAACACAACUAAGGUCACUUGAUCUGACAGAUACACAAGUAACAGAACUGCCUGAGUCAGUGACUAGCAACCUGUGCAAAUUAGAGAUUGUGAUUCUUUUCAGAGGCAGCAAGUUUCCCAAAAAUAUCAGGAAUUGGGUGGAAUUGAGAAAACUCACUUAUUAUGACCGAAAAACAGAUGGUUUAAUAAUGCCAAGAGGUAUAGAAAAGCUAACUCGCCUCGAAGUAUUAUAUCCUUUCAUCGUGAGGAAAGAAGAUGAUGUCUCCAUCGAUACCUGCAGUCAUAAUUCAAGUUCUUCUUCUAUCCAAGAAUUAGCAGAUCUAAACUCUCUUCAGUGGUUGCGGAUACUACAUCUAGAGAAUGUGAGAGGUGGUAAAAUAGAGGCCGCGAAUGCAAAGUUAAUAGACAAGCAAAACAUUCAAGAUUUGGAUCUACGAUGGAAAUCGGAAGAAGAAGAAGGAGACGAAUUGGCUGCUACUGCUACUAUGGUGUUGGAAGGUCUCCAACCUCAUCCUAAUUUGGAGAAAUUGUCUAUAUAUUAUUUCCCGGGUUUAAAGCCUCCAAAGUGGAUGAGUUCAUCUUCUUGUAUUCCUAAUUUAGUGACAUUAAAGAUUUUCAGCAGCCACAACUGUGGAAGUCCUGUAGGCCUGGGUCAACUCCCAUGUCUUAAGAUUCUACAUAUGUUUGGUAUGAAAUCAGUCAAGUGUUUGGGCAAGGAUUUUUAUCACCAGCAGGAAGAAGAGGGAAAUGAAGGUUUCACAACAACAUUAUUCCUUUCGUUAACCAGCUUGUACUUGUAUGAUAUGGAAAACUUGGAAGAAUGGGUUGCACCUUCGCGGCCUGAUAGUUCCUUCCCUUGCCUUGAGCAUUUAGAGAUCAAAUGGUGCAGUAAUUUGACAUCUAUACCAGAUUUACGGUUAUGGGCUUCUUCUCUCAAGCGUUUAGAAAUCGAAGGGUGCAAGGUGAAGGAGUCAAUUCCUUAUGAUCUCAAAAAAUCCCUCACCUUUCUUGCAAGACUCUAUUUUGAUGGUUUCUAAAGUUUGAUAGAGGAGGAGUAGAUCUUCUUUGCUGUAAUUUGAUAUCAGCCAACAACACCCAGUAUAAUUAUCACUCACUUUUCUUGAAUACCUAUCUGUUGAUUGUUACCAUAAUAUGAUCAAGGAGAAGUAGAUAUUCUGCAUCUGCUUGCUCUCGAGCAAUUCAUAUCAGCCAACAGGAUCUCUUCACUUGGUAUUAUUCGGAACUCACCGAAAGAAUAAAUGGAUGAUGAGGGAUUGUCAGAGGUCGAAUAUGAGGGUGCCUCGGAGACAGUCUAAAUAUCAGUUUUGUGUAUUUGUAUAUGGUGUUCGUUCUGACAAUUAAUGUAUUAUUGUGCCUCAGCAAAUGAUUGUGGUGGCUGCAGUGGUGCUAACCAAGUUGGGUGGAAAUUUGCUUUCUCUUUCAACUGUAAUAUAUUCUCUUGGUAAUCAGUAUCACACCUUCUGUUUUAAA